CGCCGCUACGACGCGCCAGGCUCUGCCCGGCCAGACCUGUGCCUGGUGUGCUCCCUGGGGCCCGAGCUGCAGGCCGUCAUGAUGCUGACUAGGAUUCGCAAGCCCGGCCAGCCGCCCGAGCCGCGGCCGGACGGGGAGCCGCCGUCGCUGCUGGCCGCGCACCACUGCUUCCUCAGCGCCCCGCUGGCGGCGCAGGGUCAGUAG